UGCUCAUUCAGCAGUAACCGUCUCGCCUCUUGUCUUGGCCUUGAUCGCUCGCCUUCCAGUUCUAACCUUUUUAUUCUUCUUCUUCCUUUUACUUUCUUAACAUUUAUUCUCUUUUGAGUCUCUUUCCAAAAAAAAAAAACACAUUUUUUUAGUGACUACCCAUAAUAUUGGCCUCGGAAGUGACCCAGAUAAGCCUUUUGACAGGUCCACCACAAGAAGGCCAGGUAUGACUGUUUCAGGCACCUGUUAGGUGUUAUGGUCAUCACUGGUCUCGAAGAACAGUUCAAUUGGGGAGACAGCAAAAAGGCAGUCUGGGGCUCACAGCUCCUUGUAAUAGUUGGUUUCCUUCAUAUCGAUUAUUAUUGAGACUAGUACUGCAAUAUUCAAGUAGGGGGUAAAACUGAGUGCUUUGGGCCCACCAUGGUUGUUUUUCUUUACCUCAAAAUAGGUUCAUUUUGAUGCCUGCUCAAUUUCUUCUUCAACUUUCUUCUUUCAAUGCUUCAUAUUAGAACUGCCUGUCUGAAAAUGCCACUGUCCCUCUUUAUCUGACCGUUUAACUGCCUGUUAUCAAAAUAAAAAGUAACUGACCUACUACAAAAAGACAAAUCUGUAUUUAUAUAACCGUAUGCGCAGAGUGUUAAAUGUUGCUAAUUCUAUUCUUCAGGCUGUGUGUGUGUGUGUGUGUUUGUGGGUAACCUUGGGAUUUUUUUUCUAGGUUUUAUUUCCCAGUUUAUUUUCAAACCUUAAGGAGAAUAUUCUGGCUGUUUCAGGCACUUUUAAUGCUGUUGAAACUUCAUGAAUGGCAUUCUUUUACUCUGUGGUCUGUGAUGGGUCUCAUUUCUCUAAUGAAAAUUGCUUCUGGCAGAAAGCCAAUGAUGAAAGCCAGGGCGCUAGGCCUUUUUCAGUGCCUUUCUCUUUCUCUCUGUCACUCUGUCUCUCUCUCUCCCCCCUUUCCUCCUACAUCCAAUUUGCCAUUAUUAUUCUAAAGACGAAUCAGCUAAAAAUGCACUCCUUCCAUUUUGUUCAUCAAUAAAACUUUUUUUUUCAUUUAGAAAGUUUCCUAGGAAACAGGUUUGCUUUUGUCGCUAGUGUUUUGUCAGUGCUGUUUUCAUCUGCUGGGUAACUGAGUACAAAAGACAAGUGUCAGCCUUGUAUGAGUCAGUCUGAGCUUGAGGUGGGGUGGACACGUUUGGUUUUGGGUUCUGUUGUACGUUUUAUUUUAUUUGUUAUUUUUGGUUUAAUUUCUGAGGCUGUUCCACCAGCAGACCAAGACAAUGAUGUCAUUGCAUUAGGUCACAGACCAAAAUGCCCAGUACCUAAUAUCCCCUCGACACUGGAUAAGCAGACCAACUGGUCAAAAGCGCUACCUCUACCGACCCCAGAUGAGAAAAUGAGAAUAGAGUCACAAGUGAUAUCAUCGUGCAUUAUUCCCAUUAAUGUCACUGGUAAAUUUGCUGAUUUUCUUGGGGUUGGUUUUGACAGAGAAGCCAGUGUCCGUUGUUCUCUUGUUCAUUCUCAAUCAGUGCUGCAGAGGAGGCGGAAGUUAAGGAGAAGAAAAACCAUCUCAGGCAUUCCCAGACGAGUGCAGCAAGAAAUAGAUUCUGACGAAUCUCCGGUGGCGAGAGACAGAAACGUUAUUGUGCACACAAAUCCAGACUCCUCCCUGUGCCGCGAAGAGCUGAAUGGCGGUUCUUGCACAAAGGACUCAGGCUGCCAGACGGAGGAUAUUCUGAUCUCUGCACCCUCCCGAAGACGGAUCCGAGCCCAGAGAGGUCAAGUUAUCCCAGCCUCCCUCUCGCACUCCACCGGCAACAUCACAGCGCUGCCAGACAACUCUGAUCCCAUGUUUACCGCCUCGCUGGGGAGCCGUCUUCGCUCGCGCAGCCUUCCCCGUGAAGGGGGUAGAGUCGUGGAUGAAGACCACGACAGUGAUGAAGAGCUGUCGCCUUACGAAGCUGAGGAGUUCCUGCCAAGACCUGAAAGGGCCAUGAAGGAUGAGGAAGAAAGCACGGACGACCAAACUAUGCCAGAGCGCCAGCUGGUCGGUCUAAAGUGCAAACAACACGUCAGCAACCCAGACCACAACUGGAAUGAAAGAGGGAGGUCUAGGCUUCCCAGGAAAGCAGAUAUGGGAAGCUGCGAGAUUUCUUCCAGCUCAGAUACUUUCAGCAGCCCGAUUCACUCCGUUUCCACAACAGGAGUGCUGGGAAGCCAGAUAGACCACAAAGAGGAUCACCAGUCCUCCAGUGGCAACUGGAGUGGAAGUAGCUCCACUUGCCCUUCGCAGACUUCAGAGACCAUCCCCCCUGCUGCUUCCCCUCCCCUGACGGGAUCUUCACACUGUGAUUCGGAGUUGUCGCUGAAUAUAGCUCCCCACGCCAGCGAUGACCCUACUGGCUUCAUAAUAGACCCUUACCAGACAGACAAAGUCAGAGGCCACAGGACGAGUUCCUUUACCUCGACAGUAACGGACCUGCUGGAUGACCCCAUCAUGAGCAAUGCGAGUGACAACGAUUGGAACUACCUGCACCAUCAGCAUGGCAAGUCCUGCCAUCAGGAUUUUAGCCCUCCGCGUUCUAGGGAUGAUGAUGGAGGCUUAGAGUGUCCGAGUUUCACAAGCAUGGCCACCUAUGAAAGCUUUACAGAUAAGCCAGAGUCAGAGAAAGCAGACACAAGCUCCCACUACUCUGUCGACACAGAAGGCUACUAUACCUCCAUGCACUUUGACUGUGGUUUUAAAGCUAACAAAAGCUACAUUUAUAACUAUGCAGCCAUGGGCCCUGAAUACGGCCAGAGCAUAAAUGUUGCACCUGGUAUGGGAGGAUAUUGUCAGCAAGACUACCUGGGCCACAGGUCACCAGGAAGGCAGUGUCUUUCCUUUAAAAAACCAAAGGCAAAGCCAGCCCCACCAAAACGCAGCUCGUCAUUGAAGAAAAUGAGCAGUGGUGCAAGCGUUCCUGACACAAAAGAACCAAAGAUAAACAGUGGGCAGCACCUGCCUUUGUCUUCCAGGGAAAUUAAGCUGCAGCUUGACUUGGCCAGCUCCCCAGGCCAUUUGGAGAACCCCACUUUAGGUGACGAGCCAGUAGACCCCUGGGAAAUUGCAAAUGAAGAGGAGUUGACCGAGUCCACUACAUUUGGCUCAAUGGAUAACCAUUCCUUUAAAAAUGAAGGUGUUGUACAGUCUGACUAUGCAGAUCUCUGGCUCCUGAAUGACUUGAAAUCCAGUGAUCCCUACCGAUCAUUGUCCAACUCCAGCACUGCUACUGGUACAACAGUCAUUGAGUGCAUCAAGUCACCAGAGAGCUCAGAAUCACAGACAUCCCAUUUGGGAUCGAGGGCCACAACGCCAUCUCUUCCGUCAGUAGAAAAUGAGUUUAAACUCGUCUCUCCCGAAAAGCUGGCUGGCUUGGCAUCACCAUCUAGUGGGUACUCUAGUCAGUCUGAAACACCAACAUCUUCCUUUCCCUCAGCUUUCUUUCCAGGGCCCUUGUCUCCGACUAGCAGCAAGAGGAAGCCCAAAGUCCCAGAGAGGAAGUCUUCGCUGUCUUCCCAGCAGCAGCAGCCUUGCUCCAGAGACAGAAGUGCUUCAUAUAGUAAAGACCUUGAACUACCGAUUAUACCUCCGACCCAUCUCGACCUAAGUGCUCUUCACAGUGUUAACAACAAGCCUUCAGCUCACAGAAACCAGAUGCACAUACUCCAUCAAAACAAGCAGAAAGCUGCAGCAGCAGCGGCAGCAGCAGCAGCUGCAGCGGCAGCAGCGUCUUCUGAAGCAUCGAGCUCCAGCCCGUCAACUCCUCUCGCCAUCACCCCCACUGUGCUCCGAUCAGUCCAGCUGCGGUCUGUCUACAAGCCCAAUGAGGGCAACCAAGACAAGCUCAGAGCUGAGGCUAACACAAAACUGAAAUGCCCUCCUGUGACAAUCGUCACCCCGCCCAGCAUAAUCAAGUCGCCUGAAUCAAAGAAACCGUAUGGGUCCUUCCGACCCUUUGAUUCCCGUUCUCAGGAGUCCUCUCUAAUGCUGUUAACCCCAGGAGAUGGACCCUCAUGGAGGGAUGUAGCAUUUCAGGACAACACUAAAUAUAAGCAAGAGAAAGUAGUGUCUGAACCCUUAGGGGCAGCAACAAAUGAACCCCUUACAGACUCGUCACGCACGGCAGACAAUCUGUUACUGAAGUCGCCAUUACAGACUGAGGUUGAUCAUCCAGGGAAUGAUCUUCUGAAGGGCCCAGAUGACUGCACAGGGCUGUCUGGGAAUGCAGCACACCCCAAAGAAGAAGAACAAGAGAUGAUCGCUUCAAAGAUCCUGUUUCCUAGUAACAGCCAGGCAACAGUGUACAACCAGCCAUCAUUACAUGAGCUGGCCACUGAAAUGCCAUUAGUGUGUCUGACGAAAACUUGUUCGUUUCCUGCUCCCAACAAUAUAGCGAAGAAGCUUGACUUUGAUUCUUGCAACAGUUUUGACAAAGUGCCUGUAAUUGUAACUUAUCAAUCAGAAACAUCUCAAGCUUACACAAUCAGUGAUACAAGUAAUAGAGAACAGGAAUAUGAAAUGACAUCAAGUAUUCCUACCAGAAGUGCCUCAGAGGACAGCAGGGAAGAGGGGACAACGCCGGACACUGAUGAUUCAUUCAGCAAAGAAUCUUCUCCAAGUGACAACUCACUUUCUCCACUGAGUGAAGAUACAAAGUCUGAGGAUGAUAGUGUUUUUAUAUCUCCUAACAGACUACGAACCACAGAAGAUCUUUUUGCCAUGAUUCACAGAUCCAAAAGGAAAGUGCUGGGAAGGAAGGACUCUGGAGAGAUGGGCCGAAACCGACUGAUCGCUUCAUCGGCCAGUUCACCGGUUACCCCGGUUACGCCGGGCACCCCCACCACCUCCCAGAGAGCACCAGGACCCAUUUACAGGAGUGCCAAAAAAAGCAGCACCUCCAACGAGGAGUUCAAACUGCUGCUGCUGAAGAAGGGCAGCCGCACAGACUCCAGCUACAGGAUGUCAGCCACAGAGAUCCUGAAAAGCCCCAUCGCAUCCAAGUCCCCCGGCGACCUGAGCAUGGAUGUACCCAAACAUCCAGAGGAGUUUUCUCCUCUCCAGCAGCCCCAGCCAACAGCCGAUCAGCCACCCCCCCCAUCACCGAAAAUGAACGCAGAAGGAUUCUCCCCCAAAACCUUUCCCAUGUCUGCUUCCUCCAGGCAGGGCCGUUCCCGAGUGCCCCCUGCAGCUAACAGCAGCCGCUACAGCAUGCGCAGCCGGCUCUACACCACGCCGAUGCAGGCCAUCUCUGAGGGGGAGACAGAAAAUUCAGAUGGUAGUCCUCACGAUGACAGGUCCUCUCAGAGUUCCUCAUAGAUAGACAGAUACAUAGAUAUUACCAUAUCUAUUUUUUUUUAACUGUCUGUGAGUGAGAAAGAGUUCAAUUGACUACCUAUUGUGCAUAUUUCAAAGACAUGUAAAAAAAAAAAAAAAGGAACGCAGGGGGAAAAUCUGAUCUGUCUUAUAAUAUUAGUUGUAACAACUGCCAGUACUGUUGUUUUUUUUGUUUUUUUUUAAAGAAGUUAGUCCUGUUAAAGUUAGAAAAGUAAAAAAGAAGUUUCUAACAUCUAUAAGAAUAUCAUUGCAGUCCUAAUACUGAUAUGUACAUUUGUACAUUUAUUUACAGGGAGCCACACUUAAUCUAAAGAACAGAACCUGGUAGCCUUUGUGAAAAAUCAGACAAAUGUGUACCAGAAAGAAAAAAAAACUUUUUUGUACUACAAUUAUGGGUCCUCAACACUGCAUGCACUCACAACCCUUAAUCAUUUCACAUUACUACACACGAUUCAAUAUAUUUGAAGAUAUUAGGUUUUCAAACCUAUGAGUUCUUUGCACUUGAUACCUAUACAGUCGUUAUGGGUACACCCUGUCAUUAUCUUAUUUGAAGAUAAUUUCCCUUGUAUAUAAAAAAAGAAAGUUGAACCUGCAAUCUAGAUUAAUCGUCAUUGCCUGAGACUUACACUUACCCAAAUAGGUUUUGAGGGUUAGCUGGUUCUGUUCUGUCAUGAAUUGUUGUACACACAACAGGAGCGGGUUACAGAACCUUCUGUAGAAAAUGAAAGUAGUAUUUCUCUUCUUUUUUUGUGAAAAGGUUUGGUUGUCCACCUUUUUUUAUCUUACAAAUGUCAAUAACAAAACAAAUUGUGCAGUGUAUGUUCCUUGGUGUUUCAACCGUUAAAGGGAUAUUGUCAAUAUGUUCCUCAAAAUUAAUUUCUUACUUCUUUAAUAUCGUAUUAUGUGGGUUAUGUGUAAUUCUCUAUUUCCGCUUCGAUUGUUAUUUGACAUGCUUACUAAUUAAAGAUUCUGAAAAGAUCGCUUCCGAAAAGAUUCCUCAAGGCUGAUUGUCAGGAAGUGGGUUGGGGAAGGAUAUCAGCCUUGCACAGGCUUGAGUGCACAUUGAUUCUCUAAAGUACUUCAUGUAUGUGCUUCCCCACCUCACUUUCUCCAAAGAAAACUUGCUGAAAUAGUUUGCAUGCAUGACAAUUAAUGAUCUAAGUGAAAACAUCAACCGAGAAUACUCUCAGAAUACACAUAUAUUAAGACAUUAAAUAUUAGAAAAUGUACAUUAUAUAAAGUGUCCCUUUUAAGAGGUUCAAAAAGUACCUAAAUAUUUUCUUAACAAAAUAGAAUUCACCUUUUAAGCGUGAAAUUUACUGCUGCCAACUGUUACUUGACUUAAUGUGUCUGACAACAUGUGUGUGUGGUUGGGAACUAUUAUCAAAUAUUAGAAUGUAUUCUAUGAAUACCUUUGCAAUUGUUCACACUGUUAAUUUGAGUUUGGUGUUAUUUGCUUUCUGGUAAAUAUAAUGUUAAGCUAGGAAAAUUGAUACAUUUUAAAUAAAUAUAUCCAUAUAUAUAUAUACACAUAAGCAGUCAGAUAUCUGCAGAAAUAACACUGUGCAAGCUAAAGGAGGAAAAAGCUGUGAAGCCAGUAUAUGCUACAUUCAUUAAAACCACAGCUCUUUAGGAGCAUACUCUGACAAACAAAUGUUCUGUCUGUUCAUAAUUUUCGAACCUGUUCAUCCACAACAUGUAAAAAACCAAUUGAGUUCUUAAAGCAAAAUUUAAAUUCCAUUACUUAAAGAAUUAAUUACAAAUUAUAUUUCCAGCGGUAAACUAAAUACAUGUAAAAAAAAAAAAAUGUUUGAUAGUGUUUUUUUAAAUAGUAAACUAGAGUGGGAUUAAUUGUUUAGUGACUACACUGGACAAUCUUUUUUAGGGGUGUUUUUUUAACAUGAGGGCAGAGGAAAGUGGGGCGCAACAUUGGGGGAAAGAAUUGUGCUAUGUUAUGUGAGUGACAGAGUUAAGUCUAUACAAAGGGGAUCUAAGAAGUACCGGUACACAGAGGCUAGUUCAAGAACUGGAGAAUAAAGAGAAGGAAAGAGAUAUUAAUGUGGUUCAGAGGGACUUUUGUGCUUGUGUUUAUUGGUGUGAGUAUGAAGUUUUGGAAGUGGAAAGUGAAAAAUAAAAACAAAAGAUAAUCCCAACAUGUGGAUUGGUGUUAACUCCUCCCCCUCAUAUCAGUGACUAAUAGUCCAGUAAAGCAUCUGCCGUUCCAACCAAGCAUUCCUCAGACGGGCCUUGACGGCCCCUCGCUCUUUUGCAACUAUAAAAAGCUGUAAUUUUGAAGGAGGGAUUUUAAAUCUCUGUCAGGGGAAGGGUUCAAUAUACUUGCAGUACUAAAACAUUUAGUGAAAGGGAGACAGUAUAAUUAAACUUUUAUAAUGCAUAAGAGCAUCUGUGGUUUUUAUUUAAAAAAUAAACAAUUUAAUGUAACCCUAUAUUGCUAAACGUUGCUUUUAGGAAAACAGCUUUUGUCAACAUAGGGUUUAACAAAGGCCUCAAAUUAGAUUUAUUUAGAUUUCUACUUUAUAAAAACAAAUUCCAGCUUUUAAGAGUUUACAUAGUCGCAUACAUCACACAAAAAGAUAUAUUAAAUACUAAUGAGAAUGGAAAUAUUUUUAAUGAUCAGAUAUUUUAUCUAGAGACUUAUUUUGUUAAGAGAGUAUUUACGGAACAUAGAAAAAUAAAAGCUUUAUUUAAAAAACAAAACCCAGCUCCAGCUAAAACAAUAUCGGAGGACAUAUCAAUCAAACACAUAAGUAAACGGAACUGACUGAUCCAGAUCUUUAAAAAAUAAACUGGCUAACAAGUAUUUAAUCCAGUCGUUUGAACCCUAGUUAUGUGCCCAUUACUGGAUUUAUCUGAAAUGUACAGGGUUGCUUUUUGGGUUAGUCGUUACUGUUGAUAAACUUGUGUUGCUUACAGUUUAGAUUUCAAUGUCCCACAGCCAAUACAAAAAUCAACCCAUAUGCAAUAUGUUUUCUCUUAGCACAGGGCACUGCUAGUAGUAUUUUUAGGGUCAAAUGUAUUUGCUUUUAAAUAUUGUAAAUUCAGCAACUCACUAGUGAUUUAGGAGUGGAUUAUAUCAAAAUGACAAGACUGAUAUAGCCAUGGUAUUGUCUAUGUAUGACAUUUGGUAUUUAACAGCACUAUAGUGCUGACAUAUUAGGAGCAGCGCUAUACUUUUUCAAUUAAUGAAAGCCUUGGAUCGAGAAAAUAUACAUUUAAAGGGAGCAGAAACAUCGGUCAUGCUGCCUUACACAUACCACAUAAGUACAAGACAGUUAAAGAAACAUUUCAAUAUAUUUUAAGUGAUUAAGGCUCUCAGAGAGCUAUCUUAGGUCUGUUGUAACUACUAUCUUUUCAACAGGGUACACAAUGAGAAACGAGUUUGUGAACUAAAAUUCCAGCAUUAAAAAUAUAUAUAUAUAAAUAUAUAUUUGCACUGAUGUAGAUGACUUUUUGAAGUUUUUUCUUGCUGUACCUUAAGUUAUUUAUAUAUGAUUUCCUUUCAGAUUGAUUGACUUUCCAUUCAAUGACAUAGUUCAUAUUUGAGUGUGCAAGGUGGAAGGGUACAGUACAUGCUUUGCCAAAGGAUGUCAGAUGAGUGCAGAUGUAAGAAAAAUAAAGGUUUGAUUACUUGUGUAAAAAUAAAAUAAAAUAAAUAAUAAAGUAAAAGAAGGUUACAGUGUAACUGUUUUGGUACUAGAACCAGUUCAUUCUGGCUGAAAAGUUACUGGUGUAUGGAUUUGCAUCUAUUUUGUAUUUUUGUAAUAUUUGUAAAUAUGAACUUUUUAAAUUGUUGCAAAGAUGCUUCUUUUGUAAAAUGUUUCCAAAGUUUACAUUAAUUCCAAGCCUUUGUAUGUUUUUGAGCUGUGCAACACUUUAAGUCUUGUAUUUAUUUUUUAGUAAACAUUUGUGAAAUUCCAUUUCAAAUUCUUCUCUAAACCAUUUGCCGGGUAACUGGCUGCUUAGUAAUUGUGCAUAGAAAAGCCAAUAAAUGUGACUGCAUUGAAAAAUAUAAA